UUUAGAUACGGAAAGUUGACGGUACACAUUCGCAUAAAAUAUACGGAACAAUCAAAAAGUGAUUAUAUCCUUCAAUAAUCGACGUUAAAAGGACUUUCAUCCUUUUUCGUCUAUAUUUGAAAAUUCUUUCAUAAUUUUAGUUAAUUAUUACUAAAAGGAUCUACCUUAAAGUUUUGCAAAAACUAGAAUCUAAAUAUGGGUUUUAAGUCGAAAUAUCACAUUGAUGUUGACUUUGAAGUUCCAAAAAAGUUGAAUUGGUAUUAUGCUCCUCUAUAUGCUGUAUUCUGGUUAAUAUUAUAUUUGUCCAUUGUGGUGACUAGUGUCAGCCAUCUGCCUACGCCACUCAACAUUAAAGAUGAGACUGACAACACAGAAUCAUUUAUAGCGGAACGAGCCGAACGUAUUUUAAUAAAUCUAGGCCGAAUCGGACCAAGAGUGGUAGGCAGUGUAGCAAAUGAAAUAACUACGGUUGAAUUUUUAAAGCAGGAAAUAGAGAAAGUUCGAGCCCAAGCUAGUGAUUAUUUUGAAUUUGAGGUCGAUGUUCAAAUUGCAAGUGGAAACUAUAUGCAUUGGUCUAUGAUUAACAUGUAUCAGUCAAUUCAAAAUGUAAUUGUUAAACUGAGCAUGAAAGGCUCCACAAAUGAAAACUAUUUGCUAAUGAAUAGUCACUACGACUCCGUACCAGGAAGUAAUGGUGCGGGCGACGAUGGAUCUAUGGUUACGGUUAUGUUGGAAGUUAUGAGAGUAAUUUCCAAAGGUCAAGGUCCUUUAAAGCAUCCCAUAGUUUUUCUUUUUAAUGGUGCUGAAGAAAAUCCGUUGCAGGCAUCACAUGCAUUUAUCACUCAACACAAGUGGGCCAAAAACUGCAAAGCACUUAUUAAUUUGGAUGCUGCUGGCAGUGGAGGUCGGGAAGUUCUCUUCCAAUCUGGACCAAAACACCCUUGGCUAAUGCGUUAUUAUCGUGAAGUACCACAUCCUUUUGCCACAACAAUGGGAGAAGAAAUUUUUCAGGCAGGUUUAAUACCUUCGGAUACUGAUUUUCGCAUAUUUCGUGACUAUGGAGGAGUACCUGGACUGGAUAUGGCAUAUACUUUCAAUGGUUUCGUUUAUCAUACUGAACAUGAUCGGGUAAAUACGUUUCCCAAAGGAUCAUUACAAAACACAGGUGAUAAUGUUCUAGUUUUAGCUAAAGCAAUAGCUAAUGCUCCUGAAAUGGAAAAUACAUUGGAGCAUGAGGAUGGUCAUGUUAUAUUUUAUGACUUUUUGGGUUGGUUUAUGGUAUUUUACAACAAAACAGUUGGAAUAGUAAUAAACAUCAUUGUGUGUAUUGCCGGAUUAUGCGCUAUAGGGGUAUCAUUAUUUUUUAUGUCAGCGCGUUCAGGACUUACUUGGAAAGCAGUUUUGAUUCGGUUUGGAAUCACAUUUUCCAUUCAAAUAAUUUCUUUAGCAUUGGGCACGGGUUUGUCACUAUUAGUUGCUGUAUUUAUGGAUGGUGUAGGUUGUUCGAUGACAUGGUUUACAGAGAACUGGAUUUUGGCUGGUCUCUACUUUUGUCCGAUGUUUUUCGGAAUGGGUAUUUUGCCAGCUAUAUAUUUGGAUAGAACAAAAACUGAUCCUCUGAGCUUGGGCUUUCGUAUACAACUCUUUAUGCAUUGUCAUUGUUUAGUAAUGAUUCUGCUUACGAUAAUUCUAACUGCAGUUGGUAUUCGAUCCAGUUUUAUGUUUAUGAUAGCAGUAUUUUUUGAUAUUAUUGCAUUGAUAGUAAAUUUGCUAACCAAAUGGCAUCGAAAAGCUUAUUGGUUUGCUAUUGCUGCGAUUAUAUGUCAAAUAUUACCAUUUAUAUAUUUCACAUCUAUAACUCAAGAAGUUUUUAACACAAUGUUACCUAUGAUGGGACGAUCCGGAUCUGGCUCAAAUCCUGAUUUAACCAUGGCUUUAAUAGCUGUUUUUACUACAAUAAUGUUUGCUGGUUUUAUAAUUCCACUUUUCCUAUUCUUCCGUAAAACGAAAACGAUUAUAAUGUGCUUUCUAGGCAUAACCAUACUAUUUAUUAUAAUAGCCGUUACGCCAGCUGGAUUUCCAUACAAGGCUAUAACCUCUGCGCAACGCUUUAAUUUAAUUCACGUUCAUCGGCGUUUGCAUAAUGCUGAUAACACAAUACGUACAGAUGAGGCGGGCAUAUAUAUAUAUCCCCAAGAUCGGAGAACAAACACCGCAGAAGAUCACAUAAAGGAGUUGGGGAAUAAACGUCAACUGAGUGAAUUGUGUUCUGAAGAAAUGUUUUGCGGUAUUCCAUUAUUCAAUCAUCGUUGGCAUAAAGCGAGAGAUCGAAGUUUUUGGGUGCCAACAGAUGAAUAUCCCAUUCUACCUGAGGAGUAUCCUGAACUUAUUUUACAAAAUACUGUUACGCUCGAACAACCUACACAAAGGCGAUAUCAGUUUGCUCUAAAUGGACCAGAUCACAUGGCAAUUUUUAUUGAACCACAAGAAAAUACAAAAAUUGUGAACUGGACUUUUAAUCAAACAAUGCUGGAAGAGAAGUGGGAACCGCCAUUCUUUAUAUAUUUUUCAUACGGUAUAAGCAAUGCAACGCUUGAAUUUUCAAUCGAUAUAGAGAAAUCGGAUUUAAGUUUUGACUCUCCUAGUCUGGAAAUUGGUAUUGGAGGACACUGGAUUCAUCACCAAAAAACUCGAAGUGAAAGUUUGGAGAAGUUUGUACAAAGUGCACCUGAUUAUUGGACAAUUACUGACUGGGUGGCAUCAUACGAAAGCUGGCUAUUUUAAAGUAUUAUUUAAGUUCUUAAUAUAAAACCUUUUUUAAAAUACUCGUAAAUAUAUUAAGU